UCCACUAAGGACAUCUCUGUGUACACGUCACUGGGUCUGUCGCCAUCUCAGAUCUACAUCGUAGGGAGACCAACGAAGAAAAUGCAACACCAGUGUCAGUUCAUUGCCGACGGCUACGCGUCUCACCUGUCCCAGCUGGAGUACAAUCAGAGAUCGAGACCCGCUAAGACCGGCAGCACUCGCAUGGUCCUGCGGAAAGGCAGUUUCGGGCUUGGCGGCAGUAGCGAUUUCCUGCGGAAGCGCAAUCACCUGUUGCGCACCAUUUCCUCGCAACCCACAUCCUCCACGCCGCCCGUGCAGAUAGGACGUCCUGAACGUGCGCAGAGCCAAUCGGAAUGUGACCGCGAGCGGGCAGAACGUGCCCAGAGGAGCAUGAGCAUCGCUGCCGGCUGCUGGGGCCGAACCAGCAAACUAGAGGGCGGAGCCCUGAGCCCAAAAUAGGCUCCACCCACCAGGUCCAAAUUAUGGAGGCACUUCGUUCUGGAGGCACAUGGGGCUGCAGGAUCGGACACAACGAAAU